AUGCAAGGCGGCGCAGUCUGCGGUCAUAGCGUCUGUUCGUUCAACGCUCUGAACGAUCAGUGCUGUAGUGCAAGCGGAAAGUGCAUCAGCGGUUUGAUCGUUCAUAAGCCUGGUCGUACUCAAAUGGCGAGCAAGGAGAAGACGGAGAUUGAGGACAGCCUCAAACGUAAUCCAGAGGCUGCUGCCCGACAAUUCCUGAAGUUAAGCCCGGAGGAACAGGCGGCCGCUGCCCACACUGGUGGCCCUCCUGUUGGCACUGAUAUUACUGGAACGAAAUGGGAACCCAAGGAGUGUGAAGAGAUUGGAGGUCCAGAUGCACAGUCAUUUGUUGAGCUCCCAGAUGGUACAUAUCACGGAUUUGGCCCAGGAGUCCUCCAGGUUUCUGAAGAAGAGCUCCAGCGACAGCUGAAGGCCAAGGGCAAGCCACCUCUGUCCGACAAGAAAAUUGCGGAGCUACGCGAGAAUGGUUUCUUAGAGUGA